UCCUCCGCUUUUUCUGCCCGUCACUGCACCCAUCUGUUCCUAUCCCCUCUCCCCCUGCUUCUCUCUCUCUCAUCUGUUUCUUUCUUGCUCCUCCGAUCGAGGCAAAAGGCGAGAGCAAUAUAUAUCAAGGAUGGCGAUGGCCGAUCACGAGGCGCCGGAGUUCAGCAGCGGCACCUCGCUCCUCGUUUGGGACUGCGGCAGCGCGCUCUACGACUCCUACGAGCUCGCCGCCUUCACGCGCCAGCUCGACGCCGCCGUGCUCGCCUGCGGCCGGUCGCUCUCCAUGCCGCACCUCCCCUCUGCAGCAGCACCGCCGCCGGCCGACGCCCAGCUGCAGGGUGCCGGCCGGCGCAGGAGAAGGCGGAGCCUGCCCGCGCUGCUCCGGAGGCUGUUCUCCAAGGUGCUGAGGCUGCGGCUGCCAGCCCCCGGCGCGGCGCGGGGCGCGCCCUACCGGACGGGGGAUGAUGGAGCCGGGUCGCCGUGGUCCGGCGCACUGACAUCCAUCCCGGAGGAGCAGAGCUCCAGCAGCCCUGAGAUGGGGUCGUCCCCAGUGGAGCCCGGCACGAGAGCGCUGCGGAAGACGCAGUCGGAGCGCUUCAUCGGCGGCAAGACGGCGGCGUCCGUGGUGCAAUUCGAGGUCGUCUUGUAGCUACUAUGUAUGCAAAGUAUGUGCACAGUAUUCAGUGUAGUAUGUUUAGCACUGUUUGUAUAAAUUAUAGUGGCAACAAAUUAAGUCGUUGUGACAUUAAGAACAAUUCAUGUGCGAGAACUGCAUUCAUCUCUGCAGUGCUGCAACGU